UUGGCAUUGUUAUCCCGAGAGGAUGAAUGUAAUUUCGUGAACACAGAUUUUGGUGGCAUUUGGUGAUAGAGAAGGGACAGUAACAGACAAGCUAUCAGAACUCCACCACCUUCUACAAUAAACCAUGGGUAAGUAGAUUAGUCAUACCUAUUAUAUCAAGAAAUAUCUGUUAUAACUAUAUAUUAUAUUUAAUUGCAGAAAAAUAUAUAAGCAUAGUUAAACAGUUUCAAAUGUUUUACCAGGAAGCAAUUAUUUAUGGAAACUAUUUAUCUAAAACAUCAUACAUGCAUGCAUGGAAUGAAGUAGUAAACUAUUUAAAAAUAAAUAGUCACUGGUAUUGCAUUUGCAUUUUAAGUUGAGGUUCAACGAGACAGAUAUUUAUAGGUAUUUUAAACCAGUAUUGAUUCUUUAUGGUAACUCCAUAUUUUGGGCCUCUCUACUAACACAUUAUUUACACAUAUUUUAUAUUAUGGGUUAUUAAUCCUGUUGUCAUAAUGUUUUAUUUUGCAUUUGUAGCCCUUCAUGUUGUAAAUCCCGAUUUGUAAUUGUCUUUCUAUCUAUCUAUCUAUCUAUCUAUCUAUCUAUCUAUCUAUCUGUCUGUCUGUCUGUCUGUCUGUUUAUUUAGCAAUCUUUUUGUUUAAAAAUAUUUUAUUUAAACCGUGGGUUGCCUUACUUUUAUAAAGUGACCAAAAUGCAUUUUAUAUAAUUACAGAGUUAGAAAAAAUCUAGAAAAUGUAUGUGCACAAGCAGAAAUGUUAUCACUGCAGCAAAAUUAAAUGCAAUGCAUAUCUAGAAUUCUAUAUUUGCAUCUUAAAGAACUACAAGAAAGCAAGCACAUGCAUAUUGAUAAAGGCGUAAAAUGUUAACAAACAUAGAAUGUGACGGCAGAUAAGAACCAUUUGGCCCAUCUAGUUUGCCCAAUUUUCUAAAUACUUUCAUUAGUCCCUGGCCUUAUCUUAUAGUUAGGAUAGCAUAAUGCAUAUCCCACGCAUGCAUAAACUCCAUCACUGUGUUAACCUCAAUACAAUGCUGUAUUUAUGUUUGUUACAAAAAAAUACAACUGUUGGAGUUGCACAGUAAAAUAUAUUGACAAGCCACAAAAAAAAAAAAUUAUAAUAUAGAAGUACAUCCAGCUUUGUUUCCUGAGAGCUGUAGAACAAUACAAAAUGUAGCUGACACAUAUCUAUGUGCAGUUUGUUUUGAUAUUAUGGGGAUUUUGAGCAAAUGAGAAUGAGGGAUGUCGUUUUAGGAUUAUUGUCUAAAGUAAGGUGCUGGAAACUUUGAGUGAGAGAGAGGUCGGAGUGCAGAAGACUCAUGUUCUCAGUUCUAUACAUGGCAGUUGAUCUACUCCAACUGUGUAUUUGAAGUUGAAGAGAAUGACCCGGACACAUGAAAAGGUAGAAACACCAAUCUUGUACGGAGAUACACUUGAGAAUGAGAAGAGAAUCUGUGUAACAAAAGAGAACAAUAUGAGUAAAAGGAACAAAAAUAAAAUUAAGUCACAUAAAAGGGAAAAAUGGGAACUCUGGAGGAAACGCUUGGGAAAAAAAAUAUUUUUUUAUUUGUGUCAUUUACUGAAUUGAACAGGAGGAAUAUGAGCAAUUAUUUGGCCUAAAUUACUGCUAAUAUAGAUUACCAAAUGUUAAUUCAAACAAGCAGAGUUUUUCAUUAGAAUGACCAAUUUCACCAAAUCGGAAAAAUUCUCCUAGGCAGAUACGGUUACAAUUCAGAUAUUUUGGUUAAAAAUAGUGCCACACAAAUAUGAUUAGUGUAAGCGCUGGCAGCUUUGAAAUGAACAUGAAGAAAAUCCAUAAUUUGGUCAACAAUAAUUGCAAAGUAAUGGGACUUAUCUGAGCGCUCUAAACAGCAGCCUUGUUACAGCAAUUUGAGACAAAUUAUGAUUGUGUAACAUUAAUAUUCAUUUCAAUGCUAAAAACAGUGAUCAUUAUUCUUUUUUUGCCUUACAAGUUCAUUCAAUAAUGGGAGAAUUGUUGUACAUUUAAAUUCAUUUAAAAUUUUUUCACAAAAAAUAGUGGAACUGAAACUGUACAUGGGAGAAUUUUUCCAGUUUGACAAUUUUGGCUAACCUUUGAAUCCAUUGAACUUUAUUGAAUUUUGUGUUAUAAAUCAGUAAUUCUUAGAAACAUGUUAAAAUCAAUAUAAUCUGUACAGGUUGCGGGUAUGCACAUAAUUGUACUGCAAACCACUCUUAAUUAAAUAAUUUAGAGAUAUUUUUAAAUUAUUUUUGAGUCUUACAGGGAUUUUCACAAAAGUGAGAAUUUAAAGUGAAUUUCAAAUAUAAGGCCAAAGUAGCCGAACUGCAAGCAUUAACUGUUUCCAGUUUAGCUAUUUUUGCCUAGAAUUUGAAAUUCACUCUGAAUUCUCACUUAAGUAAAUAACACUGUGUCUAGUUUAUCAUUUCAUAGUACAUCUCCCCUUUUUGUGCAGCAUAUUUUUGAUCUCUUGAUUACUCAAGAAGGCCUAGAGAACUGUGAGCACAAUAAUAGGAUUCUUUGGAGGUUGCAAUUUUACUGUACUUACUGUUUAACUGUACUUACUGUGGACACAUAUAAAUUAAUAUUCAGAUAUUAAUGUUACAUUCUGGUGGCAUUCUAAAAAAAAAAAAAAAUACACCCAAACUCUUGGCAGGUGUAUUUCACAUAUUUAUAUGCAGAUUAUUCAAACAUUUUAAUGAGUUAUUUAGAUACAAAUAAUGUACGUGACAAAUAUGUAUUCCUGCUUCCCUGCUCCUAUUUAGAGAUAAGGUCUGAUGAGGUAUAUUUUUAAAUCUCAAACUUUGUUUCUCCGCAGCAUUUCUCCCUUUUCACACUGCAAUGAGUGGAAUAUUUACAAGGGACUUUUACUUUUUUCUUUUUACCUUCAUGAUCAUAUUAUAAAGGAUACAGUUAAUGUGGUCCUUCCUAGAGGCAAUGGUAUAUUUCUAAAACUGACUGAUACGUUUUCAUUAAUUGCUACAAUGUGUUUGACACUUUGAUAUAGCGUGCAACCAUAAAACACCAUGAAGGAAUGGAAGAAAUCUUGCUUAUAAUAUUGGUCAGAGACGUACCUAGGGUAUUUGAAAGAUUUGUUUGUUGGCAGUUUCCCCCCCCCAAAAAAAAUUUAAAGUACCCCACAAGCACCAAAGACAGUACAACUCAUUUUGGUGUUUCUGGUUCUAAGAGGCUAUGGAUGCAGUCUUUCUGGGUUUUUUUUCUUUUCAAACCAUUUUUAAGUAGUUUGUAAAAACCUGAGGAUACUAACUUGAAUCUCUGCCUAGAACCUUGUGGUAUCGAUAUCCUUCUCUGUUCUUCCUACUUAUGUCUCUGCAUUCCAUUAAACCCUGUGAGCUUUCCCCUGCCUCCCAUUUACCAGUAUUGUGGCAUGGGUAGGUGCGACCGCAGUAGAACUUGAGCAUAUUUCUCUGCAGUGACGAGAGAGGCAAAAUAUGACUCAAUUUGCAUGCUAUACACUCAGAGCUCCAAAUAUAUACUGGGCAGAGGAACAUUCUCAUCCUCUGCCAUCGUCCUUGAUUGUCACAACACAAUAUGGUAGAGUUCCCCUAGAUGUCACCUGGGGUAUAUCACCACAUGCUCAUCCUUGGUAUGCUACUGAUGUACAAAGUUCUCAAUAGGGGGAUCUCAAACAAGUUUUAUCUUCUAUGUUUAAUUACAGAGGUAACCUGUAACAAUAACAAGAUGUUAAAAAGUAUGUUUAUCCAACAACACCCAAUGGUGUUUUCUUGUACAAAUGUGGCUGUUUCACUUGAAGGUUACAUGCAAAUAAUUCAUUUAUUUUAGGAGAGCUAAUGGAAGCUCUGGGUAGGAGCUUCUUGCUCUCAAUGGAGGCUGAGACUGGCCCAUAGUGGAUCCCAGCUAAGAAGUCCAACUAUAGCAAAUGGUUUGACUACUUAUAUUAGGAGGACUCCAGGGCACAUCUGGCACCAUAAUUACUACAGUGCACUGUACGCUUUACAAUGCUAGCCGUGUUCCUUUAAAUCGUCUGAAUCGUAUGAUAAUUUACCUACUCAGAAACAGCUGAAUUGUAACCUGACACACAAAACCUACCUUCAUCUUAACAUUUUUUUUAUCAUUAUAAUUUUUUAUAAUUGGCUUUGGAUCAUCAUUCAGUUUCCUUUAAAUUUGGAUCCUAACGGCACACUCCAUUGCCCAAAUACAAAACAAAUAAACAGCACUGUUUAGUAGAUAUACCACAAAUGAAAACUUAAAUGCAUUAAAAAAUGCAUUUUUUUCAUUGGGGUAUAUUGAAAACAGCUUGCAAAACUCCCCUUCUAACCCCGUCCAGACUUUCUGUUUCUGUCCAAUCACAGACUUCCAAUGCAGCUCAAUGAGAAGUCUUUGCAAGAACUCCUUAACCUUUUGUCCAUUUCACAAAAUGUGCAGCUUAUACUCACAAUGUAGAAACAAUAUAAGAAACAGAAUAGCCAACUAGGCAAUUUAUUUAUUUUGCUGUGCUCUAUUUUGGAGGCAUCCACUUACUAGCUCCUUGUUAAUGCGUUUAUAGUUCCUGCUGUCCUGCCUCACUGAACAGUUCAUAGAUCCUGCCAAUAUAAUCUCGUCAGAUUUUACAAUGUUAAUAGAUCUGGUCCCAACUGAGCCUCAUUCUAGUUUGUUCCUACCUCCCUGGCUCAGCAAUGUUUCAGUGCCUACUGGUGCCCAUUGGUGGGCAAGCACUUUGUUUACAAUGUCCUAACAUGCCUCAUCCUGAAAACCAACUAGAUCCAUCUAUUUAUAUAUCCUUAGCCUAAUUCAAUAGACUAAAAUUUCCACUAAUGAAGACGAUUUGCACUAAGUGAGCAUGUGGUCCACACAGAUAUGUCCUAUGUUACCACAACCCAACAAACUUAACAGAAAAAUUAGAAAAAUCCGUUUUGACUGUGAUUUCUUAAAAUUACAUUUGUCUGGGGUGUAGCCUGACAGACUCAUUUUGACGGAGCUCCUCACUUAUACUUAUAAGUUAUUUUCCCUCUCCACAUGAAAUUGAUAGUGACUUACCUAAUCUCCGGCUUGGUUGGUCUAUCUUAGAACAGCUGAUACCCGUAUUGAUAAGUAUGCUAACAGAAUUUUCUGCUCGACAUAAUGCAACCUAGUGAAUGCAUCAAACGGGAGAGGCAGCCGAUCUCCUGGCCUGCAAUGAUCUGAGCCCCAGCUGAGUUAUUCUAGUGCCCCAUUGACCCCCUCUUUGGGCCUGGUGGUUUUAUCUUGGUCUACACCUCGGAGGCUCUACUGCUAAACCACAAAUCCGUGGAGAUGCUGACAGUUUAAGCAGUCACAGCGUCUCAUCUAAAAUGACAGAUGCCAUGUGCCCAACUGAUUACUGCAAGGAGCAAGUUGAUACCUUAUCUGAGCUAGACAGAGUCUUCGCAGAGUUCUGUAAGAAGCUGAGCAGGGGCGGAGUAGCCACUCACUCCAGAGAUCCCUUCUGAAGAUCCAGUUUGAGACAAUGGUUUCAUCUCUGGGGCUGACCAAAAAAGGCAACUGGAACAGAUCAAGACAGCAGAGGUAUGUUCCGCCCAUUAUUAGGGCUCGAUCCUUGGGAGCCACAUCUCAGGUCUCUUAAGGAAAGUAGUAAACAAGAGGGGACGCCAGAGGCCUCACCAGCCCUAUCUCACCACCCCACUUGGAUGCCACAUCUGCUUGGGCUAUCAUGCCUGAAGUUUAUCAUACACUUGGGCUAUCAUGCCUGAAGUUUAUCAUACACUUGGGCUAUCAUGCCUGAAGUUUAUCAUACCAAAACUGAACUAUUUUAUGCCGCUGGAGAGUAUCGGCUUAACUGGGUUCUAGGACUGGGACUCACACUGACAUAUUGUGACCCAUCUCCAUGUCUCCAACAUGAGCCAGUAUAGAGCAACCUUUUUAUUUUGAUUAUGUUUUCCUUUUAUUCUCAUUGUUUUACCUGUUACAUGAUUUGCUCUUACGUCUGUUUCUUUUUAUUCAUAUGGUCAUUUGCAAACAAAUAGACCACAACGAAGGCCUCCUGGGUGCAUUGUUAUAUCCCUGUCAGUUUUGCAAUCCAGCUGUAAGUUUUUGCUUUAUUCUGCAUAGCCUAUGCCUUGUUGAGCUGGAACAUAUACUAAAUACAACACAUAUUAAAGUACUAUAAUACACUUCCCCAAAGUGUUCUCCCACACCUUAACAACACAAUACUGGCGCACACAAUACUUCUCUUAGAUGUGAAUUACAAAGUCUACAAGAAACAAAAAACGAAGGGAUGGUCCAACUGGUUAUAAGAUGUAGGAUAUAAAUAAUAAUUACAUUCACAAAGGCAGAGCCGGUUUAAGCACUGGGUUCUAGUGCAGGAAGCAGCAGGAUUAAGGGCAAUCUUAAUCCCUCUUCAAGUACAUAUCACAGGUGUAGAUGCAACAGGAAUAGGAAAGGCUCAAUAGUAUAAUACUGUGUAUACACAUAUAAGGCAUAUCACUGCAACACUGGAUACACUGAUGUGGUGAUGAGUCUGGUGAAGCUGGCCCAACGCUACAGUAUCCGAUGUAAGUCAAGGAGGGUGAUCUACUCCAAAGAAGAUGAAGUCCACAGGCUUAAGGUUAAAAACUGUAAAUAUUAUUUAUAUCCUACAUCUCCAGUUGUACCAUCUGCACUAUUGUCUCUCCAUUUUUGUUUCUUGAAGUUCUUGGUACAUAUACUAGCCUAUUGUAUUGCUAUAUAUCUAAACUACCUCUCAGAUGGCUAGGUAGUAAUGGCAUUACUUGUUAAUUUGUACUUAACUCUGCCUUAUGGGUAAAUUUCUUUAAAAAUAAUGCAUUGUUCAUCUGUAUACAGAAACGUUUGCUAUAUACACUACUUGUGACAUGUUGCAACGAUAUUUGCCUACUCUUAUUGGAAUGUAUAAUUCUAUGUGUCUGAAAAAAUUAAAUCAAAUUGCCGACGACCUACGUCUAUCCUCUGUUUGUACCCCCAACUCUGCUGCCUGACUUCAAGAUGAAAAUAUAAAAAAUGUUUGUCUUUUAUAUGUACAAAUUGAGCAACUAUUAAUUAUAACAAGAUACACAAGAAACAACCAACUUGUUAAUUGACCAAUGCUUAGUAUGGAACAUCAUUUAACUAAUUCAUCUCUAAAACGUGAUAUAAUCUUUGUAACAUAUGUAGUAUGUGCCAGUGUCAUAAAAGCUUGGGCAAAAUGACAAGCUUUGUAAAAGAAAAGGACCCAUGUUUGUUCUUUUAAAUACAUUUUAAAAGAUUUCAAUAUUGUUUUCGUGAGUCAAAGUUAACAGAGUCUGUAUCUAAACAUUGACCCAUCGUGGAUGCUCAAUGACACACUGUGCAACUACAGUCAGUUUAAUGCAUUGCAUGUUGUCUGUGAGUAGGACAGUCUUCACUAAUAUGUGUUCUGUGUGCAAGAAAGGGCCAUUUAGUUGUACCCGGCUCCUUCGCCCCAAUGUUAAAGUUGCCAAGCCUCCUUUGGGUGCCAGAAUAUUUUCACAGUUUGGUACAAAAUACAUCCAAUUCUUUAUCACAUUUCAUUGACAUUGUGUAUUCAUGAUCUUUUUAUAAAUACACAGCAUCAUACAGGGCUGCAUGCACACCAUCACUGCAUUCUGUUUGUUUCUGUAGAGUUGAAGGGGAGGUAGGAGGGGUCUAGUGCAAUGAUGUGCCAGCCACAGUGUUACCCAUUUCUUUUAGUCCCUUGUUUGUGUGACAGAGCCUAAUUGUUGUCUCCAUGUGACUGUAUGUGGGUGUAUUGUGAACAUGUGGAAUGGCAUCACAAACACAUAAUAGUUUGUAUUUUUAGAUAUUUGCAUAUAUAAUGCACAUAUGCUCAAGCACAUAUAUAUUUUGUGCAAAAGUAAAAGAAUUUAGUAUGCAUGUUAAGAACUUGAAUGCUAAGUAUACAUUUGCAGAGUUUGUUGUGUUUUUACUUUGUAAUAUAUAUCUUUCAGUUGGCAUUGGUGGCAAAUAAUUAUUAUAUAGUUACAUAGUAGUCUAGGUUGAAAAAAGACUAAAGUCCGUCAAGUUCAACCUGGACUUUAUCAACAAAGUUGAUUGUAAUGGUAAACAAAAAAAAGGGGAACAUGCUUGGUGGGGGUGUAUCCUGUAAGCAUUAUAUGACCACAGCUAAGAUAUCCCCAAUAUUUUCAUUGUUAAAUAAAGGGUUAACAAUCCAGAACAUCCAGUUCAACACUUUGUGUUUGCACAUAAAUUAUUAGUCAACAUGGACUCGGUAAACAAUUUCACUGCACAAUGUGUGUUAGUCCUUAUUGGCACCUUAAAAGUUAAUUCUGAGGAACACUGUUACUGUUGUGAACUACAAAGUGUUAACAUUGUGAGGAAACAGUGUGUGUGUGUGUGCAUCUAGGAUGGACUUAAAGUGUUAAUUCUGGCCAUGUUUUACUGUUAGAAUGGCUUUCCUUGGUCUCUUGGUUGUCUGGCAAUCCCCUUCCAACACUCACCAGUACACUUUUAGGAGCUUUACCGGUGAGUUAAAUGUAUCACUACAAACUAGUGAAGCACAGAAGCUGGGCAGCUGUGUUACAAGGGCACACUGGUAUUCCAGUGCAUAUUGUUCUGCUACCUGUUAACUGGAAUGCUUGUUCUCUGCAUGGUAGGUAGGUUCAGGGGUGAUCUAGCAAUGUGACAAAGCUCGGUUCUUCUUUAGAUUACCUUAGGUAUACAUAAAAACUGUUUCCCGUUAGCCAUUUGCUCACCAUAGCCCAGACAGCUUUGGAUAAAUGGUCUGUGGUUAUCCAGCAUUUUGAUUAGUAUUAGCUAAUUAGCAUUAUCACCCACUGUUUCACUGCAGUCUCCUGCAUUAUCCCCACACUGCUUUACUUGACUGUACCAUCCUUUUAUAAUACCUAGUACUAUAUAAAUAUCUUGUCUGUUGAUCAAUGAACCAGUUGUUUUGUCUCUGCACUAAGCCUUGUCUUGUUUGGGUUGUUUGGGAGAGCUAUUUAUCAUUCCAUCCAGUGUCUAGCUGAUAGUUCCAGGAUACAAAUAAAGACAUUUAACUAGGUGAGUAGGGCUCAGGUACCAGAUUGAUGCAGUGGCUCCUCAAGGUUCCAGGUGGCAUGGAAAGGGGACAGAUGUAUUAGCAGGUGCAGGUCUGGACCCCAAGUCAGAGAAACCUCAAUAGCUAUCCAUUUGGUUAGUUCCCACUCAGCUCUUAAAAUAGAUUUUGCUCACUUGUGCCAAUACAGAGAGAACUUAUAACAUUUGCAUAUCAAACUUGUCAAAAUAACCAUAGGCUCAGCACGCAGAGCUUUAGUCACACCUAGUUACUCAUACCUAGAUAGAAGUAGAAAUGGACAGAGGCAUAUCACAGAUCCUUAGAAUUGGCCGGGUUUAACAUUAAAGAAUAGAAAAUGAUCAGUAACUAGCGGAGGUUAAGGGCAGCAGUUGGUGAGCACGGUGUCCAUUACUGUAUUACCUUUAAGGGACAGGUGUUCUGCAGAGAAAAAAUGUUUAACAUGACUUUUAAUGACCUAAUGCUGCUCUGUUACAACAUUCUUACAGUGAUGUCCGAUCCAUGACAGUUCAUGGUACCACACACCAUUCACUAGCCAUGUUCCUGUGCCAAUAUAACCUUGGCAAAAGCCAUGUUCUUGGUUAUUCUGUAAACAUUAGCUAAACAAAAAAAUAUAUUGAGAAUUCAAUACAUUUGCUAGUAAUAUCGCUAGCACGAUGUAUAGAUGAAAUUGCCUGCAAAAUCAGAAUAUGUAAUAACAAAUUUGCAGUGCAGGUAUCAUUUCAAGAUGUUUUAUAUAUAUCACAAUCUUGCUAGUUCUUCAUCUUGCUAAAUCCUCAUAUCUCUUUCCUGUAUGUCCUGUUCAUCUUCAUAUUCCUUCUGUUUGUUUCUCUCAUUCCAUUACAGGCUGGCAUGAUGGAUGUGUACGUUGCAUGGUUGGGGUCCCCUUUGCUUCAGUCAUUGCCACGGUUCUUUGUUUUGCUGGAGUGGCUCUGUUCUGUGGCUGCGGCCAUGAAGCUCUCUCUGGAACUGAGAAACUGAUUGAGACACAUUUUUCCAAAAAUUACCAGGAAUACGAGUACCUCAUACAUGUGUGAGUAUGAUUUGAAUAUUUUACACUAACUUUUCUUUUGCAGUCUGUAAAAUAAAUUUAUUUUUAAUAUGCAGUCCGCACUUGUAAUGCCAAUUUAUCUAAUCGUAUUGCAGUUUGCUUUUAUACAGGAUAAAAAUGAGUCACCAGAAUUUCUAUUAAUAAGGCUUGGAGUGGUACCUGAGAAGGAUUAAGAUCCUACAGGGCCCUAUGCAAGUUACCAGUUUGGGGUCGCUCCUUUAGUUCUUCCAAAUUCAUCCUUCCAGGCCUCUGUCUAAACCCUUGUCUCCUUCUGCUCUGAUGGGUAUAGUUAAAAAGGUGUCAGAGACUUUAAUAUCCAUUCACUCACUGUCACAUUGCAAUAAUGGAUAAGGGCCAUGGAAGUGGUGUAGUUUCUGUUGUUUUCAUGUCUUACUCUACUCUUCAGAGUAAAAAUCUAUGUUAUGAGAUCUCCUUUAAUCCUUUCGUAGUGUACUCUAAAGUUAUUAUUCUUGCCAGUCACAUUCCCAUCUGGAAUAAUUGUAGGACAUCUUACAACUUGCUGUAUAUAUCCCAAGCCAUGUUGUAAUAACACUUUAUCCCACUGCAUUAAAACCCUGCCACCACUGGAAUACCCCACAUUGUCCUGUAUAAUAAACCCCCAAUAUGCAUUAAAGAGGCACUGUCACAAAUUAUAUACAUAGAUGUGUUAUUUCUCCCUCAGCAUUGCAGGGAAUUCUGGGCUAACAAUAAAAUAUUACCUACAUUAAAAUCACAGCUUUUCAGUUUCCCACUCAGGAAUCUAGCUCCUGCUAGCAAUACCUCUUCUCAGCUGUUAAAAGAAUCUAUAUUAAUAUGAUUUGUAUCUCUCAUCUGAUUCUAAAUUAUAUUUAACUCUCUAUAUAAAAUAAUAGAUCUCGCAGAGCUAAUAGACGCAGACCAAGUAGGCUUUAUACCCGGCAGGCAAUUGUUUGAGAAUACCCGCAGAAACAUUGACUUCAUAUGGAAACAGGCAGCCACCAAUACUCCAACAUUGUUGUUCUCGCUCAAUGCAGAAAAAGCCUUUGAUAGAGUCCAAUCACCCUAUCUAUUUACACUUCUGUCCCAUAUAGGUUUCCCCAAACAAUCCAUAGCCCUAAUAAAAGCCAUGUACACCAAUGUCCGUGCACAGGUAAAAAUUGCAGGAGCCCCGCUCCGACCAUUUCAACUUAACAAUGGGACUCGACAGGGGUGUCCCCUCUCCCCUUUUUCUGUUCGUACUUUUGCUCGAACACCUGCUCCAGGCUCUGAGGAAACACCCAGAUAUAAAGGGCGUUAGGGUGGGAGGGAGAGAGUUCCUGGUAUCGGCCUAUGCGGAUGACGUGCUCUUGACGCUCACCGACCCCAUGGGUUCACUGAGAGCCCUCCAAGACAUCCUACAGGAAUACAGAAACAUUUCUGGUUACAAAGCCAACAUGACAAAAUCCAGCGCCCUUCCAAUAAAUAUCCCAGGGGGCGAUGUGACCUCAAUACGAAAUACACACAGUAUAUGCGUCGUACACCAGUCACUAAAAUACCUAGGCAUACACCUGACUGCAAAACCAGCACAGUUAUAUAACCAAAACUAUACACCGAUGAUCAAAACGUUAACCAAGGAAAUGGAGACUUGGACAGACAGACCUAUUUCAUGGAUAGGACGAAUCCACGCGGUAAAAAUUAAUAUACUGCCUAGGAUUCUCUACCUAUUCCAAACUAUACCCAUACACAUUUCGAAGACGCAACUACAGCCCUUGCAACAAGCAAUAGGGACCUUCAUAUGGCAGAACAAACGCCAUAGGAUCUUGAGACACAUAUUGUAUAGGCCGAAAACUAGAGGUGUACUAGGCCUACCUAACCUAUUUUUCUACUAUGUAGUGAGUCAAUUAGCACAGGUAGUAAUGUGGCACUCUCCCCCGGGGGAAAGGAAAUGGGUGGAUUUAGAAUCCCUCAUGGUGGGAGCGGACCUGCCAUAAUUUCUCAUAUGGGUGCCCAAAACACAUAGACCCAUGAUCAGAUCCACGUGCCCGACCAUCCUUAAUUCCAUAAGAAUGUGGGACUCCACCGCACAUAAAAAUGGCUUAGCGUCGGCCCCCUCUCCUCUUAUGCCAUACCUACGCAAUAGAGAAUUCAUACCAGGCAUGACAGCUAGAGCUUUCCGGAAUCUAGUGAGAAUAAGCCUACAACGCAUUUGCCAGUUAUAUCAGGGUGCAGAAAUCAUCCCAUUCGACACCUUAAGACAGAGGGGCCACCUUACACCAGCUGACUUCUUUCGAUACCUACAAAUCAAAGACUAUACAAAAAUGCCACACAUACAAGCAGCAGCACAAAAAACAAUAUUGUUUUUUGAACACAUAUGUAUACAGGAAAACAUGCCCAAAGGCCUGAUAACACUCCUAUAUGCUCACAUAUGUUCGGAAACCAGGGAUUGGGGAAGUCUCACAUACACAGCUCAAUGGGAAAGAGACCUAGGGGAGGAAAUAGAGGGGAUAGAAUGGCAAGAAAUAUGGGAAGCUAAUAAUACCUCUUCCGUAUGUGUCACAUUACAAGAGCAAUCCGUAAAAACAAUGCUCCGAUGGUAUACCACUCCUGUUAAAUUAUACCACAUAAGGAAGACUCCUACCGGCUUGUGCUGGAGGGGUUGCGGUAUAAAAGGAACCUACAUGCAUAUGUGGUGGGAAUGCCCAAUGAUUAGCAGAUUCUUGACACAAGUCAGGGACGUAAUAACCCAAGUUUUCUCCAGGGCCCCAGAUCUAGACUUAUGGCUGUACUUACUAAGCAGAUCAAUAGAUGGGUGGACUCGGAGUGAACAAAAACUUAUACCCAAAAUCACCCUAGCAGCAAGGAGGGCAGUUGCGUCAGAUUGGCUCAAGCAGAGUAUCCCCUCGGUAACAGGGGUAAUCACUAGAAUCAAAGAAGUACAUCUAAUGGACGAUCUAACAGCCAGGGUGAGAGGUACCCAAAAGACCUUUCAAAGAAUAUGGGAACCAUGGGAGGGCUGCCCCCUGGGAACAUAGAGAGUGGCUGGGCGCCCCUCCCCCGCCUCCCCGCCUUGCCCCCCCUUCUGUAUCUUUUCCCACUUUUCUCUCUCUUCCUCCAUCUCAACAUCUACACUCUCUCUCCAUACCUUCUGGAAAAACUGACUAGGCUCAGGGGACCAAAUCCAAACCUGAUGACCCUACUAGGGAGAAAGAGUAGACGCCGGCAUUAAAUCUCUGGACUUCAUAUAGCUAUCACAACAGCUGAUAAGAGUAUCAUAAACCACAAAUAAGCGGACGCUAUAGACAAUAAGCAAGGUACACUAGCAGGGUCACGGCCAAAUGAGAAACCGGCCUCUUUAGAGUACAUCGACAACGAGAUAGGUCAGAACUCAGUAAGCAUAAAAAUGGCUCACACCCAGAGGUGUUACUUUCCGUUUAUGUUGUUUUGUUUUUUAAAAAAUAAACUCAACAUUGACCUAUGAUCUACUACCAGAGAGUCAGACAUGAGUACCUGAAAUCCAAAGAUCCUGUAAAAUACACCAUGUGGCGACAGUGAUGUUCUGUUAUUCGAACACGUUGUGAAACGUAAUCACCAAUUGUUCAUAUUAACACUGUACUUAACCGCAAUGUCAAAUACCUAUGCAUGUCAGUUCUUUAUGUCAAUGUUAAAUAAAGAAUUAUAAAAAAAAAAAAAAAAUAGUAGAAACGAAUACAUCAUAGGAAUAUUUAAUUGAUGAUCAUCUUCUCUGUGCAGGGUUAAUGCAUUCCAGUAUGUGAUUUACGGCAUUGCAGUCUUCUUCUUUUUGUUCGGCAUUCUGCUUCUGGCUGAGGGAUUUUAUACCACGACUGCCAUUAAACACAUCUUGGGAGAAUUUAAGCUUCCUGCCGUAAAGGGAGGCCUUAUCUCUACUGUGACUGGUGGACCACCCAAAGGACGAAGCACAAGAGGAAGGCAUCCAGUGCACACACUAGAGCUACUCUGUCGUUGUUUGGGAAGGUGGCUUGGACACCCUGACAAGGUGACAUCACUUUUCAACGGGAGAAAUAUAAUUAGCUAAUAAUCUAACAUUUCAUGGAUAUUUUCAAAUAUCAUCUUCUUAUCAACUUAUUGAUAAAAUUAAGAAAAGAACCAACAUUAUUAGAAGUACAUACAGUAACAAUCAGAACGAAAAUCAAAUUGGAGAGAAAAAUAACUGCAUAUAAAGGAUUUCGGGCACUCUGACACAGGGUGAUACUUUUUUUCAGAUAAGAUGGUGAACCCUGGUAGAUUGGCUAAAGCUCUCUCCAGAAAAAGCAAAUGGCUUACUAGAGCAGAUGAAAUAUUUAUUUGAGGUUUCAAUAUCUCAGGAGAAAGUGUAAAACCAGUUUUCAUCAAAGGUUAGACAAUCUAUUAAGGUUAGAGGGGUGCUCUAACCAACCUAACACUAUAGGUCGUUGUAAUAGUGAGGUUGUUGGAACCCCCUAGUGCCAUUUCCUAUUAUAUAUCAAACUUAGCGACUCGUCUGUGUUAUAAAUAUUAGUUUCCUCUAAUAUGAACAAUAUUUAUUGGCUGCGAGUGCUAGGGGUGAGUUACUAGUGAGUUGUUGAGCAUGGACAUCUAAAACCCCAGAUUUUUUACCAUGACCCUAAACUACCACCAACACAAUGAGAAGGGGGAAGGUUGGUAGUUUAAUAAAACUGAACACAAUUCUUCAGGAAAGUCAUAGGAAAACAAUACAGCGUACACUGCUUCUUCUCAUUAAUGGGAUUGUGGGUGAUAUAUUUAAUGAUAUAUUUAAUGUAUGUAUUGUUUAUUAGGUCUCAUAUUGGGGUUGCCAUAACAUGUGGACAAUACCAGGGAGGUUUCAGGAUAAAUAAACUUUUCUCUAGAUAGCUACAAUGAAUGUUUCCUAAACAGGAAGCAUCUCAAACUCUGGCAUCAGAACUUUUAAAGCACAGUUGUCUUUCACUCACAGAGGGUCAUUUACUAAAGUGAGAAUUCAAAGGGAAUUCAAUGUCAAUGUCAAAUUUAGGGCCAGAAAAGCAAAACUGGAAAAUAAUUUCCAGGUACGUUAUGCUUUCAGUUUGGCUACUCUGGUCUUGAUUUUCAAGUUCACUUUGAUUUAACUUUGAGUAAUAGUCUCUUUUAACCCCUUUUGAAACCUUCAACGUCAAUGAAUAAACCCCUCUUUAAAUGGGAUCCUCUUUUCCCUGUGUUGCUGUUGUGUUUCUCCUCUGUAGUUUGUCGGUGUAACCUAUGCCGUCACCAUCCUGUGGAUAUUGAUACUUGCCUGCUCUGCUGUACCUGUCUACAUUUACUUCAACACUUGGGUGACCUGCCAGUCCAUUGCCGUGCCUGGAAAGACUUCUGCCAGUAUCAGCACACUCUGUGCCGAUGCCCGGAUGUAUGGUAUGUGUGUGGAUCCCACAAAAUAUAUAAUCCGUAAGUCGGACUUGAUUCUAUGUAUUUCUGUAUGAGGUGACCUUUUUGCUGUGUUCUCCUAUAGGUGUCCUUCCAUGGAAUGCUUUUCCUGGGAAAGUGUGUGGAACGAGUCUCCUAGCAAUUUGCAAAACAAGCGAGGUUAGAAUAUACAUGUUAAUCUGGCUUCUGUAUAGCAAAUUUGGUACUACUAUGAGUCUGCUUUCUUGGUUUGACAUAGGAUUAAUAAUUAAUAAAUAAUUUAAUGUAACCUGAAUUUAACAAAAUGGAAAAGCUAUUGUCCUUGGGUGAAUUUUGGCAUUACUACAUAUUAAAUAAGACUUUUUUUAAAUUUCAGUUCCAGAUGACAUUCCAUCUUUUCAUCGUUGCAUUUGUGGGAGCAGCAGCAACUCUUGUAGCCCUGGUGAGUUACAUGUUAAAUGAUUCCUCAACAAACCACAAAAUAUAAUAUAAGGUCCCUUAGUACAAUAGAAAUCUGAAUAAGGGGUGCAACAACACUUUCAAUUACAACAAGAGAUCCUUUACUAUGACAAUAUUCUAAGUUCUGAUUUUUAUGAACUUGAUUAAACAGCACUCAAAACACUGUCAGUCAUGUAAAGGAUCAAUAUUUGGAAAUGGUAGUGCACUAGAACAUUUUUCCUUUUUCUCCUUAAUCCAGGUCCAUGCCUUCACAUAUCAUCCUUAUUUGAGUACUCUCACCACUUAAAAGGACACAACAAACACCAAACGCACUUUAGCUUGAUGAAGUGCUUUAUUUGUGAGGAGUGUGUCCUCUUUAUUCAAAAAUUGUGCAAAAAGUGCAGAUUUCAAUAGAAAUUGACACUUUUACAAAUUAACCUUUUUAUACCCAAUGGCUGUUAAGCAGACAACACACCGAGAGUGGAACUUAACUCAAGAAGAAGGUAAAUGUUCAGAGCACCUGCCUUGUAAAGACUUCUCAUUAAGUUGCAUUGAGAGGUCUGUGAUUGGACAGCCACAGAAAGUCUGGGUGGGGUUAGCAUGGGAGGGCUUGCAAAGGCUGCUAAUAAUAGAUAUGCAUUUUGUAAGCUGAUUUUAGAUAUACCCUCAGUGAAGAAAAUGCAUGAUUAAAUGUGCAUGUUUUCAUUGUGGGUUUAUGUGCAAAAUAUAUUGGGGUAUAUCUACUAAACAGUGCUUAAUGUAUUUUGUAUUUGGACAGUGGGAUGUCUCUUUACUGUCUAUAUAGAUUCCCUUAUUUAAAUUGAUCAGCUUGAUUACACAUUCAUUCAGUUAUCCUGCCAAUUAUGUUCUUUCUGCAACAAGAUCUAUUGGGUGUAAAACAUUUUGUAAAAAUAUUCACCUAAUCUGGAAUUCCUGAUACUGUUGCCCUACAUUUAAACAUAAAGAUAAAUCCACUGACAAUAUACUUCAAAGAAAACAGAAUUUCUAAUAUGUUUACACUGCCCCAUCUAAAUAAAACUGUCCCAUUCCCUGAAAAGUGGAUUAUCCAAUCAGCCAUUUUAGGCCUAUUUAAAAAAAAAAAAAAUUUAUUAUUCUUUAGUUUCUACAGACAUCUGUUCACAUACAAUAUACUAAAAUAAUGUUUAAUAUAUACAAUAACAGAUCCAUUUGUAAAAUAUGCUUAAAAAAUAACACAGAUGCAGAAGAAACGAUGUAUGAAACACAAUAUACAAAAAUACAAACUACUAUGACUAUACAAAAUUAACAGACAUUUAUUUAAACAAAACCAAUUUUUUAAGGAGUUCUUUUACAAGAUACUAAUCACAUAUGUGGAUAUAUUUAUAUUGGUUUUGUACAUUUUCCUGGAAAACAAAGAGAAAGUCAUUGCCAAUGGGCCACUUCUAAAGAGGAAUAUAAGUAAUGUCAAUUAAAUAAAACAUAAGAGUUUAUAAAACUGAGUAUACGACGUGAGAGGCAAUGUGCAUAUCAAAACACGAAUUGUAGAAACAACUAUGAUAUUAAUUCAGUUUACAUUCAAUAUAUAUUUCUCUCCUAUAUAUUCCUUUUGCAGCUCACUUAUAUGGUAGGCGCAUCAUUCAACUAUGCUGUGCUUCGAGUUACUGGCCGGAGCGAUCGUUCAAAGUUUUAGACCCCGUGUCAUGGGUUGCUAGAGAAAUACAAAACCCUGCCUUCAUAAUCUUAUUUGUGACUUUAUAAUAUAUUAUUUUAAUUUAUUAUUUUAAUGAUGGAGUUUUAUUAAUUUAGUUGGUGAUUUAAACGGGUGACCUUUGUCUGCCCUUUUUUCCUCCAUGUUUUAUCUGAUAGCUUCUAGUUUAUUUUGAACACCAUCUUGAAUUACAUUUAAUCUCCUCUAAGGCAGCUUCUCCGUAAAACGUUUUAAUUUCUAAUAGAAAUAUGAAAUAUUGAUUUGCCACAUUUGAUUAAAUUAUAUGAAUCCAGAAGCAUAAAUGGGACGUUGACAUAAUCAGUUCUUAACCACUCAAUGCUUUCAUUGUUUUUAAUAGGCUUUUGACCCAUACUUGCCCUUGUUUGUUCUACUGACCCUUUUCCCAGUUUUGGGGCUAGUUGUAGCCAGAUAGAUAAUUUUCCUUUAUAAUGUUAUAAUAACAUUUAAAUUAUUUAUAUUAUGAUCUACUCCAAAAUGCUAACAGCCAAAAAAAGAAUUUAGAGUGUGAUACACAUUUGGACUUUUAAUGAUAGAAUAUGGGGUCUUGAUGCUAGAAUAAUUUGACCUCCAUCCCUGUGACAUAACCUUCAUAUACUGAGAUUGUGCCCCCUGCACAAUGAAUUGGGUCCAUAACAAAAUGGAGGCACUGCGCUUUGCUCUUGCUUUAACAGUUAUCAUCUACACCAUAUUUGAAGGCCACUGUAGUUGCUUUUGUCACAAAAUAAUUAAAAUUAUUAAAUAGCAUCAACGGAGGAGACCCUCACUCAACAGUGAGCCCAUAAACCUUUAUUACAUUCCUGCAAAACAGUAAAUAAGUCACAACAUGAACCUAUUUCUCUAUAAAUUUGCUCAGUCGGCAAUAACCUGAGGGGUUAUGUUUCCUCAUACACGACAGGAAGCUUAACAUCAUGAAGACUAAUUAUAAGUUUAUCUGCAUAUACCUGAGCUCCAUCAUUCUCCAUGGGACACUGUCCUACAAAAAUACACUGUUGAAUGUGUACUUUAGUGUUGCCUCCUACAUUUAAUAUGGAAUUUAGCAAAACCUUAAUGGCUGUAGCAAUUUGGUUUUAAAGACAUUGGGAUUUUUCGCACUGGUUAAUUACGCACCUGCCAGUCUUACCCAGUGUACUACAAAGUACAAAGACAGUAGUUGAUUUAUCUAACUGUUUUGUGUAGACAGUGAGGAGGAUCCGCACACUGUAAUAUUUUUGCUAGGUGCAGGGUCUCAGGUUUACUCUGGUUCUUAGACUAUAUAAAAUAAUUAAGUGAGUUGGGCAGCACAAUCAACACAACAGUUUUUGCUGCAGUGGACCCAGCAACAUUACAAUUUAGGCCUUAAAUAUCUCAUUCAGGUACCUGCUUAAUAAAGAUCCCACGAAGGGUUGAAAGAUUGCUAGGUCCACUUAUUAGAAACCCAGUUCCACUAAAUCUGGUGUUUGGCUCCAUUUUCACAUUUUAUUGUUAACAGAGGCCACAUAACACGCGUUGGUUAGAGGAGAGUCAGCAACCCUUCCUCAAAAAAUGUUUUGUUUCUACUUUUGUAAUAUUUCAAGGAGGGAAAAACAUUCAGUCUUUGAAAGUAAACGGUUUUGUCUAUUGCAACAAAGCAAAACUAUUAUUUUCGUAUGAGCUACAAUAUAUAAAAAAUUAACGUUUCAUAAAUGCCUCUGUCACGCAUAGCAAUGCAUUAAUUUCUCAGCCUGGAAUUUUAGUGAAACAUUAUAUUGAUUCAUUCCAAAUGUAAAAUGUCUCCCAAAUGAAAACGGGAAACUAUUUCACUUAACUAUUACAUUUCUAACGAAAAUGAUGUUAUAAUUUAAUUUUCAUUUUACAUAAUGCAUCAGAAAGUUCUUGUUACCCUCUCAUUCAAAGUGAUCUAGGAGAAUCUGUGGAAUUUUGAAUUUCCUCAGAUAAAUAUGAUGCAGUUUUUUUCUUGAUACUUUUUAUCAUAGAGGGUUUAUUUAUUAAUCGUUUAAGUCCUGAAUUCGCACAGGAGUGAAAAUAUGGGCAGAUGAUAAUUUAUUUAUAGCUUAGGUCACACAUGGGGGAGGGUUAAUAACAGAUUCAGGGGCCAGGAAUCUCCAUGUAGGAGGUGAGCCCACAAACUCUGCAUGUCUUCAUAUUUUCAAGCUAAUCUGCAUCUAAAACACACGCUUCUUCUGUGAAACAUACAUAGCCAAUUACAAAGUAUUGAUAUAGAAAGCAGAGGGCAGCACAGUUACAGCAAUUUAAAGCAACACUCCAACCACCAUAACCACUAUAGCACAUUGUAGCGGUUUAGGUGACAGGAGUGCCCUCUCACCCACCCAGAGUAAGUAAUCAAUGCUUUUACAACUUACUUGGCUCCUGAUGGGGGCUGCCAAUGCUUUCCCUAGUGCUGGAAGCUUCUGUAAGAGUGCUCUCGGCCAAUAAGAGCCAUCCUUUAUUACUGGGCUUAGGUCAUUGAUCAGAGCUUCCAGCAGCAGGGAAAGCAGCAGCCUUAAACAGUUUGACUGCUUACUGAGAGUGGGCACCAGGGUACUCCUCGCACUGCAACCACUAGCUUGAGCAAAUCAAGCUGUAGUGGUUAUGGUGCUUGAUUUGUACUUUUAACAUGAGUAGAGAUUCAUAUUGCUCUGUGUUGGUAAAUAUAUAAAAUAGCAUGCUUUUUUAUCAAACUGCUUGAUUAUUCUGAUAUUUAAACUGCCUCUUUAUAAAGCUCAGUAACCAGAGUGUCAUGCACAUAAACGACACAUAGAUUACACUAUUUACUGGCAGUUAAUGAAUUUUAACGUUCUAAGGUUCUCUGUAGGGUUCCUAAUGGUGCUCGCCCUGAUUGUGUGUGUGUGUGUGUGUGUUGGUAUGUAUAUCUAUAUGUAUAUCCAUACACGGAGACACACAUACAACACAUACAGUAACAGGAGUCUUGCUUGAGAAGACAGUGGGCAUUGAAGUUUAAUAUUUGUUUUCAUUUCUUUUUGUUUGUUUGUUUUUCUUUUUUUUCUUUUGAUGUGAAUCACUAAUUGUGAAAUGUAAGAAUUUCAAAAACAAUUAAAAUGUUUCUUUAUCAAAUAUACGACCUGUCUGGGUGAAUUUAUUAGUAUGGCAGGAAUGAUCAGGUGUUACUGCAUGAUGUCUUCCUCUAUGUAAUAAUAAUUGAGAGGUAACAAGCCACAUUAUUGACAUAUUAUGAUUACAUGUAAAUAUAAUUAUGGGAAAACUAGAGUUCAUUAUCUAAUAGCCACUUGUACAAGGAGGAGGAAGUAAAAAAUGAUUCUUUGAUGUUAGAAAGUCUGGGCUUUUAACAUGCCUUUUAGCUGUGCAUGACUUUUUUUAUAGUGUUUAUUUUUUUGGUAAAUUGCUGCAGUCAUAAUAAACCAAUCUGACCUCUUUCAGUAACAGUGAGUUUCAUCUGUGUUGUUAGGGUAGUGGCUAUAGGAGCAAAAGCCCCAGGUAUGUAAGUCUUCAUCCCCAGGUAACUUCAGGUGGCAUGAUGCUAUUGCUUUUAUCAUUUUGCAUUAAGUAGCGGCUAAUUAAAAGAGCACAGGUGAGCUUCAGUACUACCUGCCAUCUACAUUCAUAGAGUAAAGGUAGUAUGGCUUAGGAGAUAGGAGACAUGGGUAGAGAGACAAAAUAGGGUUUAUGGUGAUGGGGACAGAGUCACAAGGAGAGAAAGAAAUUGAGAGACAUAGGACUGCAGAGGUUAAAGGAUAACAUUGGGGAUUUGCUGUGUUAAGGAAGUGGUUAUCACAUUUUUAUAUAGACAGUUUUAGAAUUUAGAAGUGACCAUUUUAACGUGCUUGACUUAUUUGUUCAUUGCAUCAUUCCCAGCAAACAAAAAUCCAGGAGGUAAGUUGCUUCUGAAAUACUGGAACUACUUCUGAAAUACUGGAACUUUUACCACAGUCAGAUUCACUUAGGAUUUGAAACAUUUUGCUCAAACAACAUCUAUUAAUAAGGAGGGUGUUUGUGUAAAUCAUACAAAAAACUGUAUAGAACGUAGUAAAAUUAAGCACAGUAUCAACAUCUUAAAGAUAUUCUAAAGUUAUAUUUAAAAUUAUAAUUGAAGCACCAAAACAACUUUAGUUUAAUGAAGCUGUUUUUGUGUAUAGAUCAUGCCCCUGCAGUCUCACUGGUCAAUACUCUGCUAUUUAUAAGUUAAAUAACUUUGUUUAUAUAUCUCUAACCAUGCCUCCCCUGGCUGUGACUAAUAAAGCCUCCACUGAAAAACAAUUCCAUUUUCCUACCAAUCUUAUAGCAGAGAGUUUUAACUUUAGACUUUUUUUUCUCCUGCUCUUUCAGUUGCACUUUAGUCACACACAGACGGCUGCUGUGGACUCUAGCAAGCAACUACCAGAGUAGGAGAUAAGAAUUUCCACAUUAAACUCAGAGUACAAUACGGAAAGUUUUAAAUAUUAGACCUCGUUUACAGUAAUUGUGUAGGGAGCUAUUUCAGUCACAGCCCUGGGAGGUGUGGCUAGGGCUGCAUAAACAAAAACGUUUUAAUUUCUAAAUUUAAGAGAAUUGAGCAGUGAGACUGCAGAGGUGCAAUCUAUACACCAAGACCACUUCAUUAAGCUAAAGUUGUUUUGGUUUCUAGAGUGUCUCUUUAAUGUUGACUUAAAAUCUUGCAAACUUUCAAACGAAAAAAAAAAACCAAAAUAAAAAAAAUAUAUUUAAAAAGUAAGAAUGGGAAUUCCUCAGUGGAUUUUUUUGUGCAAUGUGUGUUUAGAUAUUUUAACAGAAAAUUUACUUAAGAAACUCAUAAAAUGAUAGGAGUACAUCUAUUUUGGUUAACAUUUUCAUUAGCUUAUUAUAUACAGACCGAGUCAAUGAAAUGUUAGUGAUCAAUAAAACUUUUCCUAUAUUUUAUAGACCAAGUCAACAAUUAAUUUACACUAAGCCUGGUUCAGUGUUGGACCAAUGUUUGCGUGCAUGUGUAUAUGACAGAAAUAUAUAAGUAAGCUGCACUUAAAAUACAAUACGCAAAAAGAAAGGAUAAUAAUAAGUAAAUUCUCAGCUUUAAAACAGUAAAGAACGUAAAUAGAAAAUCUGAUAAGUAAAACUAUGCCACAAUCUGUACAUAUUUACUCCGGAAGACAGUCACUAGAGGCUGGAUUAACCCCAAAUGUUAACAUGUGAAGGGUUAAAACCUGAGGGACCUGGCACCCAGACCACUUCAUUGAGCUGAAGUGGUCUGGGUGACUAUAGUGUCCCUUUAAUAAUAAUAAUAAAAAAAUUAUGCUUACACUUAACAAGAGUAAAUAAUGUCCAAACCCACUCCAGUGGGUAUUAUGUUUUAAGCACAGCUUACUUAUAUAGUUUUAUUCUAUUUUAUUAGUAGGUAGUGUGUCUCCUACAGAGUAAGCAGCAGCUGUUAUAUAUUUUGAUAUAUCUGUGAUACUCACAGUCCUAUUAGGCUUAUUUUCAGUAUAUGUUUUUACUAUGGAACCACUCUGUUUUAAAAGUACUUAUGGUGUGCAAACAUCAGGUUAAAUAUAGGGUAAUGUAAUGAAAAGGUCACUGCAAAAAACAGUUAUCAAGGUCAAAUCUUAAAAGCACAAAGUUAUAGUUUUUUUUAAAAUAAAAACAGCAAAUGUAAAAAUCUGAGUGGUGAUAGGAUUUGCAUAGGCACUGGGGAAAAGUACAUAUUUCCACCAAACUAAUACAAUGGAAUUAAUAAAAAUAUUUAUCUAUAACAGCUUCUUGGAAUUAUGGAAGCAUCAAAGAAGACUAUUUAGAUCAUCACAGUAUUCACUAAUGUGUGCAUUGUCUGGAAUUCAAAGUACAGACUAAAAUAGCCGAAAUGGGAAAGUUUUAAGUUAGGCUACUUUGGCCUAAAAUUAGAAAUUCAAUUUGAUUUCAGUUUGAAUUCCUGACAAAUCACACAGUGAUCAAACCUUUAGAAAAUCACCAAAAAGGGAACUUUGAGGUAUAUCGUUUACUGGUGAUAUUCUUGUUAAUCAGCGGUAGGUCAUCAGAAUAUUUUAGGAUUCCAAGCUGUAGGUAAGUUGUUAAAAUAACUGUAUUUUUGCCAUUUUGUUGAAGGAUAGGCAGUUACUUGUCCAGAUUUUAUGAACCCAAAGGCAGACACUGGUCUCCCUUUUCUUUCAGAUACACGCCCUCAUGUGUCUUUCGGCCAACAGGGUGUACCACCAACACGCCCUAGAGACGGGAAAAAGCCGGGACACUCCACAGGCUGAGAGCUCAGAGCUCGCUGAGAUUCUUCCAGAGCCCCCCCAAAGGAGCGCAGAGAACCUGGUGUAAAACGCCUGUUUUGUUUGGGGUGUCCCGGGUAGCAUAUCUGUGCCGGCUGUUUUAAAUAUAAAGUAGGGAAGUUUUAUUGAUCAUAUAUCCAUUUUAUUGACAACGUACAGCAGCAAUACAAAUGAUUUUUGAUUGUUUUUCUAAGGUACCUGUCAGACUUAUUGAACAUUGCUAAAGUAUUAAUUUUGCAAAAUACUAAAUGCCACAUUUUAACAGUCUUGUAUCAUUCAAAGGAGUCCUUUUGUGAGUGUUAUUUCCUUUGUCUUUUAUGUUUAUUGUAUAUUACUUAAAUGUUGGAGUCAUUUCUAUCCCUGCAACCUGUGAUUUUUCCACAGAUGCACAUUAAGCUACUCCUUUUUUUGUAGCAAUUCUCCAAAAUUUGACAUUUUUAAAUGUUUUUUUUUCUAAAAAAAAUCUUUGUUCAUCAUUGUAAUUUUGUGUUGUGUAUUUUUUUUCUAUAUUUUAACUGAAUGUUUUUAGUGUGCAUUUUAGAAUUUGUCAAUUUUGUUCAUUUUCCUUUUUAUAAUUUUUUAUUAAAAUGUAUACACCUUUGAGUAAUAAGACAAACAAGUUUGGUCUUUAAUACCUUCUAGACACAGAAUAUUAUGUGGCUAAAAUGGUCAUUUAUCAAAAAACAAAAAACAAACCCAAACCUAACAAACCAUAAACCUUUCAGUAAUUGGUAGCUAAAAUGUUCUCUCACAGUGAGCAAUCAUAUUUGUGGACACUCAAGGUUCUCUAAUUUAUGUUUAUCACAAAUGAGCCAUGUCAUGUUCUCAAUGCAGGGUAAGUUGAGUGGAUGUUUAUGUCUCAAGUUUGAAGUCUGAAUGAGUAAGUGAUGAGGAUGGAGAAGGUGUCGAUAUCAGUCCAUACUACCAAAGGCUUUGUGCAGGUUUAUCUACCAAAAUGGAAGAAUAAAAGCACAAAUUAAAAUGUUAAUUUUUUUCAAUGGUGGUAUGGUACAGCAUAAAAGAUCAUUGAUUUGCACAAUAAAAAGUAAAGAAUAUGGCAAAGAUAACAGUGUGCACAAUUAUUCAGUAGAUAUACCUACUAGAUAUCAGAGUAUUGAAAGCAGUGACCAUUUGAAAUUUCGGCUGAAAUGUAUAACUAUUAAAAUUAUGUAGAAUAUAUAUAAAAAAAAAAUAUAAGAAUAAGAAUUGGUUCUGACCAACAAUACCCCAACACGUGCGGUAAAAAGGCAAGGGUAUUCACUGAACUAUGAAUUGUGAGGGAUGCACCAGUGAAUUGCAAAUUUUAGGCCUCAAAAACUCAUCUGAAACAUUCCCCAAAUUAUCCUUUUUUCCAGCACAUUUAUUUUGGCCUACAAUUAGCUAUUCAGUUGUGAAUGUUGAACAAUUCAUGGUUCAGUCAAUAACAUUACUAAUACUUGUAGUGCCUUUUUACUUAUUUGCUUAUAAUUCCAAUAUAAAACAAAUGUGCGGAUACAAGCUUGCUCCUUAUCCCUAUAAGAGCUUGCACAUAAUAACGAGAGGCUUCUGGUAGGUGGAGACAUUAAAAUAUGCCAAAAAAUUCAUAAAAAGUUGCUUUUUUUUUUGCAUUAUUUAUAUAUUUCAUUAAAAUAUGUGCAAAUUCCAGCAUGGAGAGUCUUUUAAGGCCUUUAACUUUAAAAAUGUGGUAAAAAUAAUUAAAAUUUAUACAUUGACUGACUGUCAAAGGGUUACAUAUACUGACCAAAAAGCUGGUUCAAUGUUGUAGGCCAGAAAUAGAAACAGAGCACAAUGCUUGAACUGUCCGUGAAUGCAACACAUGUCCCUAUGUAGUGUGUGUAUUGGCAUACACAUCCAGAACAGAUGUAAUAAAAAUACAUAAAAA